AUGGCUGACGUAGAAGAGAAAGAGAAGGCUGAGAAGCUCGCAGCAGCGAAGAAGAAGUACGAGCAAUUGAGGAAACAAAAAGGGAAGGCCCAGAAGCCUAGUGGAAUCAAGAAGAAAGAUGAUACUCAAGAAGUCAGAGAGGAAGCCGCCGCCCCGGGCACCACUGAGCAAGGAGAAGACACCCCAGAGCAGGAUAAGUCUGGCACAGACGGCGGCAACGACGAAUCAUCAAUGGCUCUCCCGGAUACCACGGAUGCAGCGCUGUUGGAUAAGGUAACGGAUGAUGCACCCGAAACACCUGCUCAAAACCUGGCCCAUAACCGGCAGCCCUCUUUGAGCAUUCAGUCGAAGAUGCGAUCUUCAUCAUUCCGCCGACAAUCUUUAUCACAAGGACCUUUGUCCCCCAGCGCGAAUGGGACAAAGUCGCCCGAACUUCCAACUUUGACUUCAGACGGUGAUUCCAUCAACUCAAUAUACCGCAAACAAGCAGCACGACUUGAUGAGCUUGAGAAAGAGAAUCGACGACUAGCAAAAGAGGCGCAGGAAAAUGAGAAGAGAUGGAGGAAAACGGAGGACGAGCUUGAGGAGCUACGUGAGGCAAGCGGAGAUGUCGCACAGCUCAAGGCUCGAGCGGAAAAAGCAGAUGCUCAGGUCGAGGACUUCAAUAAGGUGAAGCAAGAAAACACGUCCCUCCAGCGCCAGAACUCCCAACUCCAAUCCCAGUCCUCCAAGCGCCAUGUCUCUUCUCCAAGCGUAGUCGCGACUUCCUCGAGCCCUGUGUCCUCUCUCCAAACACAACUCGACAGCAAGAGCUCCACCAUUGAAUCCAUGGAAAUGGAGAUCUCCAAUCUCCGCUCGCAGCUCGACAAGUCCGCAUCUUCGACAAACACACACUCGGAGCAGGUCUUGGCCCUGGAAGAGAAGCUGGAGCGGGCAGAGCGGGCAGCUGGCGCUGCGCAACGGGAGUUAUCAGAUGUGAAGAAGAGCCUGGAGCGAGCGAGCGAGAAAGCCGUAAAGGAGGGUGGCGAGCGGACGUCUAAUGAGACCAAAAUACGAAGCCUAGGGCGUGAAGCGGAGGAGUCAAAGAGAAAUGCCGAAGAGUCAUUACAAAGAGUCGAUACAUUGGAGAAAAAGCUCGCGGCGUUGACAAACCUCCACAAAGACUCGGACGGUCGACGCCAAGCCGGCGAGCGAGAGCGUGAAAGGCUAGAGAAAGAAGCAAGCGAAAUGCGACGGCGGCUAGCGGGUCUUGAGAACGAGAACCUGCGCCUUCGAGAGGAGAGAGAAAGGGCACGAAAGAGGGAAGCAAGCGGUGCAGAUGACGAAGGCGUCGACGAGCUCGAAGAUGAAGAAAGGAGACGGCUGGAAGGCAAGGUUCGAAGUCUCGAGGGCGAGGUCUAUGACCUGCGCAGAGGCGUCUGGCGAGAGAAACGAAGAGAGCUCGGUAGUGUAGACGGUGACGACGGUCCUGCCAGCCCAGGGUCAAGAUUUGAUGAUGUCGACCUCAGUGGUGGGACGCCAUCAUAUCGCAGACAGAGUACGGCUGGUCCGAGAGGUUCAAGCUUCCAAACCGUGCUCAGUAGUGGGUUCAGCGCUUUGACCGGCGGAGCAGCAAGGGAUAGUCUGGAAACCUUUGAGGACGAGGAUGAGUUUGAUGAGGACGCGUUUAGGCUAGCGCAAGAAGAGGAGGCGCGGAAGAGGGUGGAGAGAGUGAGGGAGGUGAAGAGAGGGUUGAAGGAUUGGGAGGGUUGGAGAAUGGAUAUUGUGGAUGUCAGGGCCGGAGGUGGUGGAGCUGGGGAUAUUUUUGACAUUUGA